CUUUUAUCAAUUAGAUAGCAUACAGACUCAGCUACAGACAAUCAAUCUCACAAAUGUGUGAGUGUGAGAGACAUUUUGGCUUUGUGUAUCUUUUGCAUCUUCCGAAAGUUUGAUAAAAUAACAGCAACCUAUAAGAAAUGACCGCUGAAAACGAACGUGAAAUAUAUCAUAAAUUGGAAGCCAUGAAAGAGAUUAGGAACAAAACAAUAACAUUGGAGAGGAUGAAGCGCAGUAUCCUGAACGAGGUGCGCAGCGGGGACCAGGAGGGUCGCUGCCUGGCACAGUACAAGCGGGAGAUGGAGCUGCUGCAGCAAGAGAAGAUGAGCCAUGUGGAGGAACUGCGCCAAAUACAUGCCGACAUUAAUGCAAUGGAGACAGUGAUCAAACAAACAGAGGAGAGCAUGACGCGCAAGCUAUCGAACGCGUCGCGGCUGCACGAGGACUACCGGCCGCUGAAGGCCGAGGUGGACCUGCUGCGGCGACAGUGUCUUGGCCUCGAGCGCCUGCCCGACCUGCACGAGGAGGAAGGCAGCCCUAUCACGCCCGAUCGGUUCCCCGCCCUGCCGUCGGGCGCGGCGGCGCCGGCCCCGCGCGCCCUGGGCGGGUUCCUGCCGCCGGCGGCGCCCCGCAAGCCGCCCCCGCCGCCGCCCGCGUUCAGGUCUGCACUCGACCAAGAUUUCAUUACCGUCUCGCUGAGACAGCAGCCCCCGCCGAUGAAGUCGUGUCUGUCGUGCCACCAGCAGAUACACCGCAAUGCGCCCAUCUGUCCGCUCUGCAAGGCCAAGAGUCGCUCGCGGAACCCCAAGAAGCCCAAGAAGAAAUAGUGAGCGCGCCCUCUCCCCCUCCCCUCCGCCCGGACCAAGGACCGAUCUCACUGCGCUUACUGGCUCACUACAGCAGUCGAUUAUACACUAAUAUAAGCUCUUGUCAAUGUCUAGUUGGUAGCUAAUGUAAUGCUGACAUGUACCGGUCACUUCAACUGAACUGUAAAUACUUCGUAGUUGACCUGGUAUCAGUGCCAAAAAUAUAAUGUAAAUAAUUAUUCGUAUGAUAUUGUGUAACGUAUUCGGUGGAGGUGUCGGUAUGACGACACAAAUUACUUGAAUGUCGGAUGUGACAGCAGUACAAGCCAUCAAGUAAUAAUGCCUCUAGUCCACACGGCACACUGCACCCCAGCUUACGGGAUAUUCCUACUCGACGUGCUCAUUCCUAGCCGUGACCAGAGAAUUCUAUAUGCAUUUAAAAUUGUUCAGAGGUCAUAAUGCCUUUCUGACCAUUGAACAAUUUUAAAUGUCUAUCAUUUUAAUCUCAUGAACAUAUUUAAUGGCAGUCAACCAGAAUAUGUAUUAAUGUGUUUGUUACUAACUACUUAUGGUAUCGACCACGAUGUAACCUGGCCCCGAUGCACAUGCCCAGCUUGCCUCAGGGAUAAAACGGCUCUGCUUGCAGUUAUUUUGUCUCUAAGAAAUUGUAUGUUGGUUUUGUUUCCCGUGAGCACAGUGGUGCCCCCUGCCCGGACCUCUAGUAAACAUGUGUGCCGGAUGUAAGUUGCUCUGGUUUCUAUAAAAACAAUGCUUGAUUAAUCAGUGAAUAAAUAAAGUGGUAAUGAAUAACAUUUGUUUGAGGUCGGGUUGUAAUUGACUCAGAUGUGAACUACUUGUAGGUAAGAGUGUCGUGUCAUCAGUUUGCAAACAGCGACUCAUCGCCGCCGGUGACCCGGUAAUGAGACGAGCUAUUGUUGUGUUGAAUAAUGCAGCGACUUGUACCUAGUCUAUUGAACGUCAGUACCUAAGUAUUAUAAGUAAGCUAGUGUAAAUAUAAAUAAGCUGUGAGUACGGGCCGCGCGCCGCCAGCGCCAGAGCCACCAGUGCGGCGCCGCGGGUUGCACGAAGCAUAUCGAGUUGAAUGGAGUAGCUGCGGCAGCGCCGGCUCCACAGCCGCUGCGAUACUUUUAUAAUAUAAAAUAAUAAAGUGUUUAUCAGUGUCA